UGCUAUACCAACCACUACCACUAGAGGACCUGCUAUACCAACCACCACCACUAGAGGUCCUGCUAUACCAACCACCACCACUAGAGGUCCUGCUAUACCAACCACUACCACUAGAGGACCUGCUAUACCAACCACCACCACUAGAGGACCUGCUAUACCAACCACCACCACUAGAGGACCAUCUGCGGCCAUGAGAGACCAUGGAACCUCAAUCGCCACCUCCACACACACCCAGGGUGUCCCAGACACAGACCACCCUGUCCAGCCCUCCCUUCGCUGCAGCCUGGGGGUGGGGGAAGAGGAGCUGGAGGUGUUUCAGCCUCUGCAUGUAGAGAUGGACUAUAGUUCCAUGGACCUCCACCAUCACUUCCCCAAAACCCACCAUCUCCAAAUGGACCACCAGAUCUCCAACGCUCACCUUGUCCGAACCUCAGCCCCUCACCCAGGCAUGGAGCGAGAGCCGGGGAGGCGGGACCACAGUCUAGCCCAGCAGAGUGGCAGCACUCUGGACCAACUGUGGCGCAGGUUCAGUGAGAGGUGGAGCCUGGAGGAGGCCCGGCCCACCAAUGAGAGAGAGGCGUCCCUGCUGGAGCGGCUGGAGCGUCUGUCCCGCCUCAUCCACAGCACCGGGACCUCCGCCCCGCCAGAGCCAGAACCAACGCAGCAGACUGAUACCACAGAACAAGAGGGAGGAGGGAGGAGAAGAGGAGGUGUGGAGGAAGGGAGGAGUAGGAGAGAGGAGAGCAGCAGUGGCCGGAGUGAUCCCCAUGCUAAAGCUAACCAGGCUACGGCUAGUGUUCCCCGCCAGGCCUGGGAGCAGCAGGAUGAGGAGCCCCGGCCCGCAGAGGGGGAGGACAGCUCUAGCCCCUCCCAUGGUCCGGCCCACAGCUUUAGCCCCUCCCACCUCCCGGCCCGCAGCCAAUACCUGUGUCCAGCAGAGAGAGAGAGGUCUGGGAGCGUCUCAGGGGAGACCAGCAGCUCCAUGUCAACAAUAGACACAGCCCGACUGGUGAGGGCCUUCGGAGCCCACAGGGUCAGAGGGCUGAAUACACAAGGGACCAGCCACAGGACCAAUCACAGGACCAGCCACAGGACCAAUCACAGGACCAGCCACAGCCUGAGUAAACUGUACAACACCAUCCUCCAGCAGAGGCAGAGCAAGGAGCAGAGGAGAGGAAGGUCCAGAGAGACUCCUCAUAUCCCCCCAGUCCCCUCAGAGUCUACUGGCACUGAUAACUCUGUAAUUCCAGCUGACUCUGCAUCUUCAACCAGCACCUACACCCUCCCCUCGCAUCGUGGCCCCUCCUACUCCAAGAAGGCAGUCAAACAUGUCAGCAAAGGCGUACAGGCAGGGGACCUGGAGAUUGUGAGUAACGGAACACGUCGCCACACCCGAGACGUCGGCACAACGUUCCCCUCGCCAGGCUCAGCCAGGGGUGCCAGGUUGCUCCCCUCCUCACACUCUGGUAGCAAGAGGGGUAGAGCGGGGGACAGGAGCCCUCCUAAAACGCAGAGGAAGAGGAAGAUGAGCCAACCCUCUGCCAGGCCCUACUACCCUCAAGGUGUAUCAUGGUACAUCCCUGCUGAGGACCUGAGAGCUGAGGGCAGGAAGGAGAACAAGCCGGAGCAGCAGCCUCCCAGGGCCCGGCCUGGUUUGAACCCUACAGCAGAACCACCCGGCCCUGGAGAGAACCACUCAGACAGAGACAAAUACAAGACAGGGAGAGACUGACAGACAGACUACAGACCAAUCAGCUGGAGGCUGACCGCGACAGACCCAGUGGGAGGCAGCACAACAAGCACAGCAUCAUCACCCCUCCUGGGCCUGAACCCACUGGCAACGCCCCUGCCGCCCUGGUCCGCAUCUCUCUCCAGGAGGCUCUGGAGCUGCGUCGGCCAGAGUUUGUGUCUCGGUCUCGGGAGAGGGUGAAGCGUCUGGUGCUGCAGGUAGAGGAGAGGAAGCUGCAGGUCGUCUUCAGCAGAGAGAGAAACGAGCUCUUCAACCAACCCAGAAGACCAGGGAGACUGUCCCUACCCGCAGGCACAGCGGUGUUUCAAAGAGCCGUUCCCAAGAAGGAGAUGGUGCAACGAUCUAAACAACGGUCAGGUCAGGAACAGGAAGCAGGCUCUAACAACAGGGGGGCCAGGAGGAGGAGGAUGUAUGAGCAGCUGCCAGAGGUGCAGAGGAGGAGAGAGGAGGAGAAGAGGAGAGAGGAGUACCGCUCUUACAGACUCAACGCUCAGCUCUACAACAAGAGAAUAACCAACAGAGUCCUGGGCAGACAAACACCAUGGCAGUGAGCGCCUAGGAGGACUUUUACACUUGAUUCCGUGUACGUGUGCUGUGGAAUAAAAUACAAUGAUGUUCAAUUGUUUACAUUUUCUAACGUUUUAUUCCGAUCUGCUUCCAUUUUGUUCACCUUUUUUAACAAAUUAUGAAGUGAAAAGUAAAUCAUUUGUCUGUUUCUAAAGAGACAGGGUCAUAAUUGGUGUGUAUUUAAAUACUUAUUAUUAUCGUUUUUUCUAUGACCAAAAUAAAAAUAAACAUGCUUUCUAAACUCUA